UUCGGCGUCUUACCCGCGCCAUCUCACUGCUGCAGAGAGUCUGUGAGACUGGCACGGAUCCCUCCUCGGAAACGACAUGCAGCAGCCGCUAGUUUAGCCUCAUUCUCGCAUUCACUCAUUCGCACUCUCACUGCUCCUCCGCCUUCUCUUCCUCCUCCUGCUUUCCCCCGCUCGGCUUUGGGGCUCUAGUCUCCCGAAGCAAGCAGACGGCUUCCCACGGUGGCUCUCACGUGGGAUCGCGCAGCGCCGCCGCAGCCCGCGGGACCAUAUGACCUCGGACCAUGUUCACCCCUCCUUCGACCCGUCAUGGAGACGAGGAAGUUCAACUGGCGGAGAUACUCUGCGCCAGUUGUCAUCGCCAGCAUGAUCCUCGCGGCCCUCUCCGUCGUCCUCUACUUCAACAUUCGUGAAUAUCUCGCUGUUCGAGAUGAGGCCAACCUGCCGAGGGUCACCGUCGAUCUCGGCUACGCGAGGUAUGCCGGGAAUUCGCUCCCGAGCGGUGUGAACCAGUUUCUGGGAAUGCGGUAUGCGGCGUCUCCGAUAGGAAAUCUGAGAUGGCGAGCGCCUCAAGAUCCCGAACCGAAAGAGGGCACGACAGAUGCCAUCGAUUUUGGGCCGAUUUGUCUGGGGACGGAUGUGACUUAUCCUACUUCUGGUCAAGACGAGGACUGUUUAUACGCCAACGUCUGGUCACCAACAAACGCGACGGCUGACUCAAAGCUUCCUGUUUGGUUGUUCAUUCAAGGCGGUGGGUACACUUCAAACGCCAAUCCGAACUGGAACGGCUCUCAAGUUGUAGAUGUCUCGGGCAAGAAUAUCGUUUUUGUGAAUUUCAACUACAGAGUUGGAUUGUGGGGAUUCCUGGCGAGUGAGCGUGUUCGAAAAGACGGCGAGCUGAACGUGGGACUCUUGGACCAGCGAUUAAUGAUGAAAUGGGUUCAGACUCAUAUCUCAAAGUUUGGCGGUGACCCAAAUCAUGUAGUUAUCCACGGCCUCUCGGCCGGAGCAGGUUCAGUCGCUCUCCAUCUCGCAGCCUACGGCGGACGCGACGAUAAGCUCUUCGCAGGCGCCAUGUCCGAGUCGGUCUUCUUUCCCGCGCAGCCUCAUGUUCCAGAGCUUGAGUACCAGUUCAACCAGACGCUGGACAAGUUGGGCUGCACGGAUGACAAGGACCAGAUGGGUUGUUUGCGCGGUAAAGACAUCAAAGCGAUUCAGGAUGCCAACAUCGCAUCACCGUUUCCGGGGAGGUUGGCAAACCCGCACUUUUACUGGACUCCAUGUAUAGAUGGCGACAUCCUGCAAGAUUAUCCGUACCGACUCUUCGAAAAGGGUUCUUUCAUCAAAGUUCCCGUCCUCUUUGGGACAGGAAGCAACGAGGGAUCCGUCUUCGCCGCCAACGUCGCAACCCAGGACCAGUUCGUCUCCUUCAUGACAGACAACUACCCCAAACUCACAAAGAACGAAACCGACCCGAUGCUGCAAAAGUACCCCCUUCUCCCACAGCUCCCCAACCACAACAUCUGGUUCCCGUCCACCAGCCAAGCCUACGGCGAGACGACCUUCAUCUGCCCCGCCAACACCAUCAUGAACGCCUACGCGGCCGCGAAUCGCUCCGGUACGAGCUGGUCCUACCGCUUCAACGUCCAGGACAACGACAACACGGCCUCCGGUCUCGGCGUCCCACACGUCUUUGAGGCGCCCGCCGUCUUCGGCAUCGACGCGUGCCCGACGCCCGACAGCUUCCGGACAUACAACCGGCCCAUUGUCUCGCUGAUGAUGAAGUACGUCAUCUCGUUUGUGCGCGACCUGAAUCCCAACACGUUCAAGCUCGCGGGUGCGCCGGACUGGGGCGAUUGGGGACGGAAUCAGUCGCGGUACGUGUUUGAGUUGAAUAAGAACCGGAUGGAGAACGUCGAUGACGGGCAGAGGGAUCGGUGUAACUUUUGGAAGGGGAUCGUGGAGGUCAUGGAGCAGUGAGGAGGGCCAUUUCUUGGAUAUAGAGUGCUGCGGGCCACGGAUAAUGAGGCGUUUGCAUCUGGUGGUUGGGUUCUUUGUUUUAUCUGUGCAUACGAGUAGAUGGCAUAUCGGGUUGAUACCAGCAUUGGAUGAUACACAUAGUGUGUCUAUUUCAGUUUUUUUCUUACCGCAUAAUUUCAACGUUGCUCU